AUGGCUAUGAACCCAACGAUGCCCACAGUUCUUGAAGUUGGGACUGAGAGCAAUCUUGCUCCCAGUCCUGCUCCUGUGGUUACUGCUUCGUUGAUGGAGGUUGAGGGCAUAAAUGGCCCUCAACCUGUGCCUGCUAAUGCAGAGGGAACAAAUGCCCCAACAAGAAAGAGGAGGCAAAUGACAAGUAGGUCUCCUGUCUGGGAUCAUUUUGAAAGGGUCUGUGAUGAAAAUGGUAGAGUCUUACAUGCUAAAUGUUUAUAUUGUGCUAGACUUUAUAACUGUCACUCUAAAAUGAAUGGGACCUCCACUUUGAGAGCUCACAUGCUUGCUUGCCUUAAAAACCCACAUAGUAAACAGACCAGACAAACUUUGCUAACUAUGAUUCCUGUUGUUAAUCCUUUGAAUGUUGUUGAUGAUAAUGUUAUGGUGGGAGCCUGGAAAUUUAAUCAAGAUGCUAUUAGGGCUGCUGUAUGCUAUAUGAUCAUUGUGGAUGAACUUCCAUUUAGGUUUGUUGAGGGGAUGGGGUUUAAAAGACUAAUGAACACUGCAUGUCCAAGGUUUAUCAUACCAUCUAGGUGGACUGUGACUAGAGAUUGUUUUAAAAUGUAUGAAGAAGAGAGGUUAAAAUUGAAAGUUCUGUUUAAGAGUCAUAGUCAAAGGGUUAGUAUUACAACUGACACAUGGACUAGCAUUCAGAGAAUUAAUUAUAUGUGUGUUACUUGCCAUUGGGUUGAUGAUUUCUGGGUGUUGCAUAAACGUAUCAUAGCUUUCAUGCCUGUCACUGGCCAUAAGGGUGAAUACAUAUCUAAGUCCUUAGAAAAUUGUCUGGUUGAUUGGGGUCUUAAAAAUGUAUUUAGUAUCACUAUGGAUAAUGCCAGUAGCAAUGAUACAGCAGUGUCUGCAUUUAGGAAAAAAAUGCUGCAAUGGGGAACUGGGGUAGCUAAGGGGAAGUAUUUGCAUAUGAGAUGCAUUGCACAUAUUUUGAAUCUGGUUGUGACUGAUGGUCUGAAAGAUUUGAAUGUUUCUGUUAAAAAAGUGAGAGAUUGUGUUAGAUAUAUCAGAAAUAGUCCUGCUAGGUUGAGAAAAUUCAAAGAGGCUGCUGACUUUGUUGAAAUUCCAACUAAAAAAUCUUUAUGUCUUGAUGUGCCUACUCGUUGGAACUCAACUUUCUUGAUGCUUAGUACUGCUUGCUUGUUUGAAAAAGCUUUUGAAAAGUAUGAUGAGGAUGAGUCCUCUUUCAAAAUUGAUUUGAAUGGUAAUAUACCUGAUGCUCAAGACUGGGAAAUGGUCAGAAAGUUUGCUGAUUGUCUAUCUCACUUUUACUCUGUCACUUUACGCAUUUCUGGAUCUUUGUAUGUCACUGCUGAUAUGCAUUUUCAGGAAAUAUGUGAUUUGAAUGUGGUGUUGUGUGAUAUGAUUGAGAGUGAUGACACUGAGGUAAAAACAUUGGGUGAAAAAAUGAAAACCAAGUUUGAUAAGUAUUGGGGGGAUCCUGAAAAAAUGAACAAGCUGAUUUUCUUUGCUUAUAUUUUUGAUCCUAGCUCUAAGUUGGAGGGAAUGGAAUACAAUUUGAAAAUCAUGUUUGGUCCUGAAAAGGGUGGGAGUCUGUUUAAAUCUGUGGUUGAUGAGUUAACUAUUUUGUGUAAUGAGUAUUUCAGUUUGUAUGAAUGUGGUGGAAACAAUGUAUCAUGUAUGAGUUCUCAAUCUGAGCUGACUCAACCUCAAGGAGGCAAUGUCUUAGCCUCUUCUGUGUCUAGUUCUGCUAUAACUAGAAAGCCUGCUUCUGUCAGUAAGGCAAGAUUCAAGCAGCACAGAAAGGAAAUGGGAGCUUCAAGUUCUCGAAAGAGUGAACUAGAGGUUUACCUCAAUGAGGAUUUGGUGGAAGAUGGUGAUGAAUUGGAGGUUUUAACCUGGUGGAAGCAAAAUGCUCAUCGUUUUCCAAUUCUAUCGAAGCUUGCUCGGGAUAUUCUUGGUGUUCCCAUUUCCACUGUGGCUUCUGAGUCAGCCUUCAGUACGGGAGGAAGGGUACUUGAUUGCUUCAGGAGUUCAUUAACUCCUAAAUUGGUGGAGGCUUUAAUCUGCACACAAGAUUGGCUAAGAGCUUGUAAGGCCCCUCUUGUAGUUGAAGAAUGCUUGGAUGAAUUGGACUCCUUUGAAAAAGAGUUGCCAAAUGUUGGUCCACCUGCAAUUUGA